GGUAAUUUCAGAGAUGUAUAACGGAUGAUAAAGUGAAACUUCUUAACGAUGAGAUUGCAGUUUUUGAUUGUGCUAUUACACGCUUUAUGUAGCGACUUUGCAGAAGGUGAGAAAUUAAAUGUAAAUGGUAUACGGCUAGUCAAUGCUACACAGCCAUAUAGCGGGAGGGUAGAAAUCAGCAUCACUGGUGUGUGGGGAACCGUUUGUGAUGACUCGUUUGAUUUUAAUGAUGCAAAUGUCAUGUGUCGCAUGAUCGGUCUUAAAGCAACAACUUUUGAAUCAAGUGCAUUUUACGGACCUGGGAUUGGGCCGAUAUUUGCUCAAGAAUUUAAGUGUAACGGAGGAGAAUCACAUUUAAAAGAUUGUGAAUUCGUUCCUAAUGUCGAAUGUACACACGAUAGGGAUAUCAGCAUAAUUUGCACUGAAUGUGGUAAAUUAGAAAUACUUAAUGGAAAAACACAGUCCAUAUCAGCUGAUGGAAGAAAUAUCAAAAUAUCAUGUAUAGAUGGGUAUAGCUCAAAUGUUACAACAAGUAUUUGUGAAAAUGGAAGCUGGUCUGUGCCGACAAUACAUUGCACAUCAG